AUCCGUGCGCCACCCAAGGCUGGCUAAGGAGUCGGCGGCCAUUUUGUUCUUCUCGUGGUUCCAGUGGGGAGAGACGGAGGAAGGAGGGAGCGGGGCGGUUGGGGGGGGACCCGCCGCGGCUUCUGCCACCGCCGCCACCACCAUCUCUGUGCUCGUGGCGUGGGAAAGGAGGUGUGAAUCCCGGGCGCGAGCCGGCGGCGGCGCCGCUGCGGGAGGGUCGGCGGUGGGAAGGCGAUGGCGGAUAUAGAUAAGCUCAACAUCGACAGCAUCAUCCAACGGCUGCUGGAAGUGAGAGGGUCCAAGCCCGGUAAGAAUGUCCAGCUACAGGAGAAUGAAAUCAGAGGACUGUGCUUAAAGUCCCGAGAGAUCUUUCUCAGUCAGCCUAUCCUACUGGAACUUGAAGCACCACUCAAAAUAUGUGGUGACAUCCAUGGGCAAUACUAUGAUUUGCUUCGACUUUUUGAGUACGGUGGUUUCCCGCCAGAAAGCAAUUACCUGUUUCUUGGGGACUAUGUGGACAGGGGAAAGCAGUCAUUGGAGACUAUCUGCCUCUUACUGGCUUACAAAAUCAAAUAUCCCGAGAAUUUUUUUCUUCUCAGAGGCAACCACGAAUGUGCCAGCAUCAAUAGAAUUUAUGGAUUUUAUGAUGAAUGUAAAAGAAGAUAUAACAUUAAACUAUGGAAAACUUUCACAGACUGCUUUAACUGUUUACCGAUAGCAGCCAUCGUGGAUGAGAAAAUAUUCUGCUGUCAUGGAGGUUUAUCACCAGAUCUUCAAUCUAUGGAGCAGAUACGGCGAAUUAUGCGACCAACUGAUGUACCAGAUCAAGGUCUUCUUUGUGAUCUUUUGUGGUCUGACCCCGAUAAAGAUGUCUUAGGCUGGGGUGAAAAUGACAGAGGAGUGUCCUUCACAUUUGGUGCAGAAGUGGUUGCAAAAUUUCUCCAUAAGCAUGAUUUGGAUCUUAUAUGUAGAGCCCAUCAGGUGGUUGAAGAUGGAUAUGAAUUUUUUGCAAAGAGGCAGUUGGUCACUCUGUUUUCUGCACCCAAUUAUUGUGGAGAGUUUGACAAUGCAGGUGCCAUGAUGAGCGUGGAUGAAACACUAAUGUGUUCUUUUCAGAUUUUAAAGCCUGCAGAGAAAAAGAAGCCGAAUGCCACGAGACCCGUAACACCUCCAAGGGUUACAUCAGGCCUGAACCCGUCCAUUCAGAAAGCUUCAAAUUAUAGAAACAAUACUGUUCUAUACGAGUGACCGAUUAUGCUUUCUUUGGCCUACAUUCUUUAUUCUGCGGUGAAGUUGAGGCUUAUAAGUCAAAACAAAGGAACUAACUUACUAUCCACAAGUUUAUACAGAACUCACAGUAUCUAUGACUUUUUUAAACUAAGAUCUGUUAAAAAGAAAUCUGUUUCAACAGUUGACCGUGUACAAUACCAUGUGGUGAGAAUGAAUUCAGACUUAUUAAAUGAUGAACUUGUUAAAUCCUCUCAGUGUCAAUUUAUCAGCACAAUACGCACAGGAGAACUGUUGAUGGCAUCUUGAAUAGAUUUUAAUGAAUAAAUUACUCUGGAAACCACACAGUUUCAACUUGGA